AUGAGCAUCAUCAACAUUCAGUCAGUCCAUGCAUGCCCGUACCACCUCCCGCACACGUUUUACUCAGCUCGCUCGAGCGUGGCAAACGCCCUCGCCCCGCCCCACCUCUUUGCUAUCACGCGCGUCGCGUCGCGUCGCAUCGGAUUAGAGCUUUGGACCGACGCCAGGGUCUCGCAUCCGCCCGAGUGACCCUAUCCCACUGAUCAUCUCGUCGACUGUGACAUUAUGACAGGGACGUCACUGUACUGGCCAAUCCAGCAAAUUUCACCGACCCAUAUCUCUUUCGCAUCACCUUCGAAUGCAUGGCCCCGCUGGCAGAAGGUUCGCUUCGUCCGAUCGCUUGGAGACAGGCUCAGUGGCGGUUCGAGGCUGACCCUCGUCCAGACCUGACCUGAAUCGCUACCGUUCCCAGAUCUUGAGUGGAAGUUAAUCUACGUCGGCUCAGCCGAGAGCGAGUCGUUCGACCAAGAGUUGGACACGUGCAUGGUCGGGCCUGUCCCCGUUGGUGUCAACAGCUUCGAAUUCGAGGUUAGUCCCCUUCCUUAGCUCGACAGUCUGUCCCCCCUGCCCAGCCACUUCGCUCGAUUACAUCGCAAGUCUGUAUCGAAGCCAUCGGUGCCUGUGUGCACCACCUCUCACUCUUCAUCUCCGCUCAUCAUCUCCAGGCUGCGGCACCAUCGCCUUCGCGAAUUCCACCGUCGGACCUUAUCGGUGUCACCGUAAUAUUGCUCACCUGCGCGUACGCUGAGCAAGAGUUCGUUCGAAUCGGCUACUACGUCAAUACCGAGUACGGAGACGCAGAGCUCAAGGCGCAAUACGAUGCUUCGCUCGAGGAAGACGCUCUGCAGAAGGGCAGUGUGGCGCCCGACCCCACCAACAACGUCGACAAGAUGGUCCGAAGUGUGUUGAGCGACAAACCUCGGGUGACCAAAUUCAACAUCAAAUGGUGCGUCAGUCCGUCUACCUCGCUCAUGCGCUGCGUGUCGUCAUCUGGUCGAGCGGUCCUGACGACUGUAGCCCAUCGCAUCGCGACCUGAACUUAGGGACUUGUCGCUGCCGUCAAUGCCCGUCUCAACCUCAACGUUUCCAUCACUCGGUGGACCAGAGCAAUCGAGUGCUUCAAUGCCUCCCCCUUUCAAUCCUUACUCCGCGAAGCCUUAACAGAGAUGUACUUUCUUUAUUUGAAGGCGCAACCAAUCUACAUAAAGCCCCAAUUACACUAUAUGCUCUUCCCUUUGCACCACCACCUUCACACCAUCUCUUGCUUGUGA